AUGUUCUACGCGCAACAAGUGCUGACUCGUAAAGGGCCCCUCGCGAAAAUAUGGCUUGCGGCAACGUUUCAAAGCAAACUCACAAAGGCUCAGGUCUUCACGACGGACAUUGUGAACGCGUGUCAGCAGAUAGCGGCCCCAGAAAUCCCUAUGGCGUUGCGGCUCAGUGCAUGUUUGCUUCUCGGUGUGAGCCGUAUCCACCAGAAGCAGACGGGGUACGUGCUCGAGGAGGCAUCGGAUGCGUUGACGAAGCUUCAGCUGACCUAUCAGAUGACAGACGGCCGCGUUGCCGGUGGCACUGUGUCGGGUUCACAGGGCGUAGGCGCCGCGCUGACGAGCGCUUCGGCCACGGCAGCGUACGGAAGCAUCACUUUCUCAGAGCACGUGGUCGGUGCCGCUGAGGCGACUCGCACGGUUGCUUCCGCUGAUGCCGGUGAACAGCAUAGCGCUUCAGCACUCCUGUUACUGGGCGACUACUGGAACGGCUUGCUUGGUUUCGGUUAUCCGGCUUCGGCAGGGACGCUCGCAAACGAUGCAUUUGCUGGACAGCCGUUUGCGAGCGAGGCGGGAGCUGACCUCAACCCGUCGCCGUUUCACGUUGAUGCGCAACAGAUCACCAUCGAUCCGCUAUUCGGAAACGAAUCGUUCCAGUCAAGCGCUCGGCCUGUAGAAGUUGUCCGACGCGAUGAAGAGGCCGAACACUUGCGCGCGCCGACGCCUGUCGCGGGUUCGCCACCCGCAGCCGGUAUCGGAGGAUACCCCAAAUCCUCCACGGAGGAUCAAGCCUUGACACCGGAACAAUUCCGCUCGGUACCGUUAACGCUGCCCGAGCCGCCGCCGCUUGACCUGUCACUUCCGACCGUCCAACCGGAAGGCGCAACGUACGCGGCAGCAGCCCUUGACUGGAGCUUGGCGGCGGAGACUGCAGUGCCGACGUCUUCGCUACGUCGUGAUUCCGCAGAGCCCUCCUCGAAGUUUUUGGACGAAACGGGUAGCAUCAUGAACACGAGCACGCUGCAUCGGCAGAAGCGGCGCAAGUCGACAGGCCGCCGGCCGCUGGCUCCCCAGUAUCAUGUGGAUUCGCAGCUGGAACUUGCGACUGCUGUGAUUCGGCGAGCGCUCGCCGAUACAACCGAUACCCUCCGUCGUCCGAUCAUCGACGAUUCCGCUACAGAGCUGGAUGGCAUUUCCAAACUCACAGACCUGCUGCAACGAAUCGUACCCAGCCAGGGUGCACAGGUUCACAGCCAUAUCCAGAAAUAUUGGACCGAUCUAUCGCAAGCUGCAACCGCGGAACCUAGGGAUGGUAACGAUACAGCGACCCUCGCACAUGCACAUGAGGAGCAGCGUUCCUCGGCGUUGGAGCCAGCAGCCGCAAGCCCUGUCCUGGGAACGCUCGACGACAGUAACUUUUCGUUUGGACUACCGACUACGGAGAUCUCGCGACUAUCGGCUUUGUCAGCAGGUGCAUCUCCCGUGCCGGGCGACGCGGCCGAGGUUGGCCCGCUGCGCCUGGAGCGAGCCAUGGCCUCGCCCGCGAAGCUGCUGUCCAGCUGGUCGACACCGGGUGCUCAUUCUUCUGCCGCAGCUUCACCGUCGAUAGUGACGCAUCGUACCGAGCGAUUGCUGGACUAUUUGGUGGCCAAAUGUCGCGAGCAACCACAAAAUGAAGCCCUCAGCAUCCAGAAACUCUGGCAUGCUGAAGCUGCAUCUCGCCGCGUGAUUGCCCGCUCUAUGCUGGAACUCCUCGUGCUCGCCACACAACAGCGCAUCGUUGUUCAGCAGGCCGCACCGUACGAUGAUAUCGAGAUUCGUGUCAUGGUUUGA